GACCCCGGCGCUCCCGUCCCGGCCACACGGCGAAUUGCGCUGCUCCCCGGUGGUCUGGGGCCGCGGGUGCCGACGUCUACCCCAAAUUCGUCGGGGUCCCCUGAGGGGGGCGUUCGGAUUCCGCCGGAGCUUUCAGAUGGUUCUGUGCUGUCUGUCCUUCCCAGCAGGCUGACUGAAUAAAGAGCAGGAGUGGGGAAAGUGAGGAAAUUUUUUGUCUGCCAGUUUACAAGAAAUUAAACAAUGGAGUCUGUCAAGAAGAUGGACGUCAUCAACAUCACUGCCUUGCCGUUGGUACCACUGAACGAGCACCUGGUGGUCUCUUUCAAUGCACGGAAGGCACUGGAGAGUGCCAUGAGGAAGGAGCUGGAGGAACAUCCACCCACAUUCCUUAUUGGCUCUCUGCGCCAGGUGAACCAGAAGAUUACUGAAAUAGACCUGGGCCCCAGCCUGUGGACCAGCACCCUGGCAAUUGAGGAAUAUGAGUUGGAGGAAGACGCUUUAAAAGAGAAAACUCGCGGCAUCCCAGGAGACAGAGUCAAGAGAAAGGAAGAAAAGCAGAUCCCCUGCAAAGGCACAGAGCUCCAGAAUGCCAAAUUGGACCUGUCAAAGAGGAAAACAGCAGAUAAGAAUCUUCUGGCAGAACUACACCAGCACCCCCCGUUUAAUGCCACUAAACCCAACAAUCUUCCCAAUGGGGUGGACUUCUGUGACAUGGUGGGCAAUGUGGUCCGAGCUGAGAGAAACCCCUUUAGUGGCAAGUCUUACUGUUCUGAUAGAGAAUUAGAGAAGUUUCUCUCGUCUCCUUCUCCCAAAGCCAUAUGGCUGGAUAGCUUUUGGUGGAUAUUUCAUGAAAGGUACCACCCAAACAAGGAGAUCCAGAACAAGCUAUUCGACCGGAUAGCUCUGCAUUAUGCCUCCCUGUUGCUCAAUACACCGAGGUCCCACUAUGAAGAGGCACUCAUAAAAAAGUUGCCUUCACUUCUGAGCAAAGCCCUGUAUACCAGCUUCUGCUGCUGCUUCCCACAGUCCUGGUUCAACACACACGAAUUCAAGUCAGAAAUCUGUAACACCAUGACCCUGUGGAUUGCAGGGACGUAUCCUUGCCCACAGAGCUAUAACACUUGGGACUACUCAGAACUGGAUCCAGAGAGGUUCUGGCAAGACGAAUUCAUGUUACAGAGGAGGCAACUCACAAAGGGAAGAGAAUUUACCCACUUUACUUGUAAGAGAUUCUCCAUCCAGAAGCUGGAACAUACCAAGAAAUACCACCACCCUUGGUCUCACCCUGCCUGCAAAAUCCCAGAGAUGACUUUCAGCCACUUCAACCUUUAUGGGAAGAGCCCACUGAUCAUGUGCUUCUUUCUCAACUACUCUAAUCUGCUGCAGCAGGGCCAGGACGUGCUGAUCACCAGGAGAGAAAAGACAAAGGUCAUCUCUGACUCUACCCCAACCUAUGCUGAUGUCAUCAGCAUGACCUUGAAGAACAUGGAGAAGCACAGGAAAAAACUUGGGCAGCUGACCUGGCUACACAGAAAUGAGUGGAAAUAUUUUAACAAUUACCUAAAAGAGCUGGAAGAGAACUUUGAGAGGGAGGUGAGUAAUAUCAAUAAAAAAGAUGCAGAAAAGAGAAAGGCCAACCACAUGUUCAUCUCGCCCUCGUUACUGUUUGAAGAGCUGGUGGACAAGAAACCUAAAGGAAACCCGCACAAAGAAACUGCGUUUCUUACAAGAAAGAAAAAGAAGGAGCUAGACAACGAAGAGAAAUGGAAGCUUUUCCAAUCUCCACUCACAUUCCGAAAGCCUUCAGAGAUCUAUACCCUGGGCCUGAGAAGCCCUACAGAAUUGGAUCCAUUUCUACUUCCAGAGAACACACCAUCAGGAGGUCAAGAGUCACACAGAAGAAGGAGGCGCUCCUCAGACUCUCACCUUCUUCCUCAACGGAAUGAACUUGCCCAGGAACAAGGAAAGGCUUCAUUGGUGACACCUGCAUGUGUGGUGGGAUUUAAUGUAAAAUGAAAACAUCAAUGACAAAUAAUACCGCAACUACAGAAAGA